UGAAUGUCCUGGCUGCCAGUAGAAUCGAAGGCAGGAGGCAACUCAUGACCACCAAACCGUGACAGCCUCAGAUUCCCCUGCUUCUGGCUGCUCAAAAUAACUACUGGGCUACUGUGGAGAUGAAUGGAGAACAGCAGUAUGAUGCAGAUGCUGGUUCCAGUGUGGAAGAAAUGGAAUUCAAUUGGGAUGAGUAUCUAGAAGACACAGGAGCAACUGCAGCCCCCCAUGGGUCUUUUAAACAUGUGGAUACAAGUUUGCAGAAUGGUUUUGCCCCUGGUAUGAAGCUAGAAGUUGCUGUCAAGUCUGACCAGAACACCUACUGGGUGGCCACCAUCAUUACUACCUGUGGGCAGCUGCUCCUGCUGCGCUACGAUGGUUACGGGGAAGACCGCAAGGCUGACUUUUGGUGUGAUAUCAUGACAGCUGAUUUACACCCCAUCGGCUGGUGUGAGCAGAACAAGAAGAUUCUCAAAGUGCCUGAAGGUAUCAAGGACAAGAUACCUGACAAGGAGGAAUUCCUUCAGCGGGUGCUGAAAGGAGCAUGCAGUGCUCCUGCUAACCUGCUGGAGGGGCUCCACAGAGGGAAAAAUCCAUUGGAUCUCAUUGCACCAGGCUCCCGACUAGAACUGCAAAACAUUCGGGAUUGCCUGGAAGCCUGGAUAGUCAACGUGGUAGAAAAUGUUGGUGGGAGACUUAAACUGCGAUACGAAGGACUGGAUGAUUCUGACAAAUUUGAUCAAUGGCUCUUCUACUUGGACCCUUUCCUUCAUCAAGUGGGGUGGGCAGCUCAGCAUGGAUAUAGCCUGCAGCCACCUUCAGCCAUUAGGCCCUUGAAGAGCGAAGCAGAUUGGCAAGAGAUCCUGAAGAAGGUGAAAGAAGAGGAAGAGGAUUCAUCGGUUCCUACAGAUCUCUUUAAGGAUAAACCUGUGAUUGGAGUGCAUUCCUUCUCUGAAGGCAUGAAGUUAGAAGCUGUGGACCCAAUGGCUCCUUUUGUAAUCUCUCCUGCUACAGUUCUCAAGGUAUACAAUGAAAAAUAUUUCAUGAUAGAGAUUGACGACUUGAGACCAGAGCGUACAACCAGCCAGUCUUACAUUUGUCAUGUCAACAGUGCUGGUAUUUUCCCUGUGCAAUGGAGUCUGAAGAACGGCUUGCAUCUCAGUCCCCCACCAGGUUAUCCUGGGCAGGACUUCGAUUGGGCAGACUACCUCAAACAAUGUGGUGCUGAGGCAGCUCCCCAGAGCUGCUUCCCUUCGUUAACUUCUUCUGACCAUGGAUUUAAAGAGAAUAUGAAACUUGAGGCUGUGAACCCAGUUGAUCCUGAAGAAGUUUGCAUUGCUACAGUCACCAAGUUGAAAGAUUCCUACCUCUGGCUUCAGCUGGAAGGCUCCAAGAAGCCCGUCCCUGACUGUAUAGUGAGUGUGGAAUCAAUGAAUAUAUUUCCAGUGGGUUGGUGUGAAACGAAUGGAUAUCAGCUCAGACCUCCUCGCAAAGCAAUAGUAAAUAAGCAGAAAAAAAUUGCAGUAGUUCAACCAGAGAAACAAAUUUUGUCUUCGAGGACAGUUCAUGAUGGACUAAAGAACCAGGAACUGAACUCUUCUGACUCAGUGGUAAUUAAUGGAAAGUACUGCUGCCCAAAGAUCUACUUCAAUCACCGGUGCUUCUCAGGGCCUUACCUAAACAAAGGCAGGAUUGCAGAGCUUCCUCAGUCUGUGGGACCUGGGAACUGUGUUCUUGUUCUGAAAGAGGUUCUCACUUUAUUGAUCAAUGCAGCUUACAAACCUAGCCGUGUCCUGCGAGAACUGCAGUUGGAUGAAGAGGCUGCAUGGCAUGGGCAUGGAGAGACCCUAAAAGCCAAGUACAAAGGGAAGAGCUACCGUGCAACUGUGGAAGUUGUGAGGACAGCAGACCGGGUGGCAGAUUUCUGUAGGAAAACAUGCAUUAAGCUGGAAUGCUGUCCAAACCUCUUCGGCCCUCAGAUGGUGCUGGAUAAGUGUUCAGAGAACUGCUCUGUCCUGACAAAGACUAAAUACACACACUAUUAUGGAAAGCGGAAAAACAAGCGGAUAGGCAGGCCUCCGGGUGGCCACAGUAACCUGGAAGUAGCUAUGAAGAAACCAAAUAAAAGACGGAAGAGACGAAAACAUUUUUUUGUUCAUAAGAAAAAACGUUCUUCUGCUUCAGUGGAUAACACUCCAGCUGGAUCUCCCCAGGGUAGUGGAGGAGAAGAGGAGGAUGACCAGGAUGAGGUAGAUGAAGAAUCUCUGACUGAAGAUAGUACCUCAGAGCACCAAGACGAAUUGCUUGAGGAAUCAGAAGUAUCAGAGAAGAAAUCACUGUCAUCCUCUCCUACACAGAGUGAACUGUCUCAUUCCCUGGCUCAGGACCGAGACAAGCGGAAGAGGAAGCUCAGGACCUUUUCCUUUUCUGAUGAUGAAAAUAAACCUCCUUCACCAAAGGACAUGAAGAUGGAGGUUGCUGAAAAGCUGCAGCUGGACAGUAACCCUCUGGAAUGGAGCGUGGCUGAUGUUGUACGAUUCCUCAAAUCCACUGACUGUGCACCACUGGCAAGAAUUUUCCUUGAUCAGGAAAUCGAUGGCCAGGCACUGCUGCUGCUCACCCUGCCCACCGUUCAGGAGUGUAUGGACUUGAAGCUUGGGCCAGCUAUUAAACUCUGCCAUCACAUUGAGAGGGUCAAACUUGCCUUUUACCAGCAGUUUGCUAACUGAGGAGCAGCCAAGUUGAAGUGGACCUUUGAAGCACAACUACAAAAACACGCUCCUUUCUCUCUAGCAAGGAAAGCCAAAUGAAGUUAAACUGGGGCCCUGGUGACCUAAGAGCAUCUGUCAGCCUCUGUUUUUCACUUUGACAAAAGGAAGACAACAUCUGGAGCAAAAUGCCAAUGCAAACACAGGGGCUACUCUACCAGCUGCCAGCUCGGGAACACAAUAGUCUCUUGCUCUAUGGUUCCCUUUUUUUU